UUUGGAGGGUGAUAGAAGGUGAAUGAGCUUCUUGAGUGGUGAAUGGUGAGUGGUGACACCAUUCAAUUCCUGUGGUAGCUUUCACUUCCUUCUUGGGGUGGCUGAUUCCUCAGUCACUCUUCUCCCAACCAACACUUUCAAAAACAAGAGACAAGAGGAAUGUUACAUGACACAACUGAUAUAGUUAUCCACUCACUGUUUGAAUGAGCUUCCAUGCCUUUGGGAUUGCAAAUGCACAUCCCUCCUUCCAAUAUGCUCUGUGUUCACCCAGGUUGCAAAUACUAUCAUCAGUUUCUUGUGAUUGGAAACUCUUGGACAAGUUUAAUAAUGGCAACUUUGAUGUGGGGGGUGUGGAGAUGAGAAGGUGUGGAAGAUUUCUAGUAAAGGCUUGUGCUACUACUACCCUUGAACCUAAGAGGGUAGCUGGAGAGGAAGGUGAAGUAUUGGGUUCCAAGAUGUUGCUUGAAUCUUGUUAUGAAGAUUCUGAAGGACUUGAUGAAAGGGAGAAGUUGAGAAGGAUGAGGAUUUCAAAAGCCAAUAAAGGAAAUACACCAUGGAACAAGGGGAGAAAGCUGUCAAAGCACAGUGCUGAAACUUUGCGGAAAAUCAAGGAAAGAACAAGACUUGCAAUGCAGAGUCCUAAGGUCAAAAUGAAGUUGGUUAAUCCUAGGAAUGCACAUUCUGCAGAAAGAAAGCAGAAGAUAGCUGCUGGAGUGAAAAUGAGAUGGCAAAGGAGGCGAGAAAAGAUGGCGGUUCAGGAAACUUGCUGCCUUGAGUGGCAGAAUUUAAUUGCACAAGCUUCUAGAGAAGGCUAUGUUGAUCAGAAAGAGCUGCAAUGGAAUUCCUAUGAAACCUUGUAUGAAGAGUUGAAGCUGGAGUUGCUGGUGAGUGUCAAACAAAGGAAACAAAUGCCAAGGGCACCAGGUAGCAAAACAACACCCUGGACUUCUGGACAAAGAAGAAAAGUUGCAGAGGCAAUCUCUGUAGAUCUUGAAUACCGCAGAAAAGGUUACACUACAAAGGCCAAGUAUCAUGACAUUGAAGGAGCUGAAAUGAAGCCAAGAAGAAGGCCAAGUGAUGAUGGACAGUCCACAAGGAGUAACACUGUAAUGGAAAAGGAUCCUGCUAAUGACAUUAGUGUUGAAAGUGGAACCAGAAUUCUUAACCUGAUCUCCUCAGGCAAUGCUGAAUUCCCAGCCUUUAAGGAUCAUUUGGAGAGUCCUAAGCUGGAUAUGAUGAAGAGCGUUAAAGCCCAGAGAGGUGUUGCAGAAACCAAACUGAACAAAGCCAUUGAGCGAGCUCGACUAUUGAUUGCUGAAGCUGAAAAGGCUGCCAAAGCACUUGAGGCUACUGAAAUGAAGAGUCCCUUUGCUCAAGCUUCCCUCAUGGAAUCUAGAAAGCUUAUAGCUGAAGCAAUUCAAUCACUUCAAUCCAUUGAUACAAAAGGGAUAACUGCGAGUAAUGUCCCUUCUGUUGCUUUGGCCAUGGCCAAUGAGGAAAACGAUACAGAAUUUGAAGUUCUAAGCCAAUCACAUAUGCUCCCAAUAAACGGUAAGAAAAUGUUAUCAUCAAGUGACUACAACAAGUUUUCAGAAGAUCUUGACAAAUGUGCGUCAGAUCAACAAAUGGAAACAGAACAGGAUCAGAGUAGUGAAUACAAAACAGACCCUUCUCCAACUGUGCUAGGAGUUCAGUCCAUUAAAAAUGAAACACAGCUUAAAUUACCUGCUGUUGUAAGUAAAAAGUGGGUUCGUGGAAGGCUUGUUGAAUUGAAACAGAACUGAUAGGGGGAGCUUAGCUCACUGUAGACCAUUGUCAAUGCUAUACCAUAUUCAAUUAUUUAACAACAUGAUGGUUGCUGUAAUUCUGAUUAUCGUUUAGCAUAUAUUCACAUUCAAUUUUAAAAGCACAAUUAGUGUAACAAUGUGAUUAAUUUUGACAAUUAUAAACAAUACAAACGAUGAGAUGAUAAUUUUUUAUUUGAAUUUGGUGUAUUCGACUGCACUGCAGUCACAAAUCCAAACCAUUCAAUUUUGGUCCAACGGCUUAUAUCUAGUAUUUGUUUACAUUUAAAUUUGGCACUCAAAUAAUGCCAGUGAGUCCUAUUUAUAUUUGGUUCUGGAG